AUGUGUAGGCGCCUCCUAGGUUUUCCUGAUGGGUAUGAGGACAUAGGCCAGGAGAAAACCGACGAAUCCUUACCGGAUCCUUCGACCGCCGUAGAAUGCGGCCUGGUCGGAUCCGCCGGCACAAAGACUCUUCCUGGCGACGGCAGUUCAACGCCCGUACCGGAUUCGAUUCCACAGGCUGGUUUAUUGAAGCGAGGCCCGGAUCAGGAUACAUUGCAUAGACGACGAGAAUGGCCCCAAAACAGUCAGGGUGAUGGCCCGCUGCCCGACGAUCCGCCGAUCGUGGUGGGCUCUGACGACAGCACUACGGACGGGUCCAGUGUUGACAGCACCUUCACAUCUCCCGCACUUUUAGCCGUGCAACAUCUAUAUCUUACUCUCCUAAGGCGGAUGGUGGAAGCGACGAAGCCGGCAUCUGGCACUGCUAGUGGACGGUCUAACCCGCUCAAAAGACAACGUCGGCCCGGGGUCGGUACCGGUGCCGUCGCGAUCGAAGUGCCAGUCAUCACGGAUCGCCUCGAAGAAGACAUAAACUCGAUGCGGUACGAGAAUGGGCUAAGCAGCCGACUCCGGACCCGACAACGGAAGACCCGUGCACGAUCGAAGCGCGAGGUCCCCGAUACCCAGGACUGUAUGCUGCCCGGGAAACACUUGCAGUGUGUCGAAGACGACACGGCCAUGUCCGACACCGGUGGCUCGAGCGCACACUCUGGCGAUACAGAUAAUGGCUGCCGUCCGAGCAGCGAAGAGGACAGUCCAACGAAACCGCCACCAAAGCGUCGCAGGCUUCCCACUCUGCCAUGUAAAGGAGUUGCGGGAGAGCCGCUCAAAUCAUGA